CAGGACAGCCCAAGAGGGCCCCAAGACGGCCCAAGAUGGCCCAAGAGGGCCCUCCGUAGCCAUUUUGGCUCAAGCCGUCGUGGCUCAAGCCAGUUUGGCACCGACACUGCUCACACUUAUAUUCAUACCGAUCCUGUCCGUCUGCAUAACGAUCAGGCCCCCACGUUCGGGGACCAAGUACGUCUGCUGGUUCGCUCUUGGCCAUGCUGUUGUUGUUAUGCUUAUUCCUUCCCGUAGCAGUGGGGCUUCAUAUUGCAGACGCUCACGGCCAUGCGCGAGAGAGGAGCCCAGAGAGGAUAAGGCUGGAGGGUCGCGUCGGGGUUCAGCAGCACGAUGAUCCCGACGAAAACGUGUCUGACCCGUACGAGGGAGGGCACUUCGACGGCGCACCGGACACCGGCAUCCACGGAGUGGGCUUCCCGAGCGGUGGGCGUGUUGCCAUCGUGCUCCGAGGCGCCAGCUUUCGCGGGAAGGGCGGCAAGUAUCGAAAGAAUGCGAGCUGCGUGAACGACACGGAGUCCCUCGAGAGGCAGGGGAGAGCAACGGAUUCGUUGGUGCGAAACGUGAUCGCUCGAUUUGAGCGUUACGGCAAUGAGGUGGACGUCGUCGUGACUGACCGGGUGUGCAACCUGACUGACGAGAGGAUUGUUUCCAGGAUCGGGCGCGAGCGCGUUAAGAUGCAGAGCCAGAAUGCAAGUGGUCACCAGAGAACAAAUAUCAUGUGGGCGAUCGACCAGCUCCGAAACUACAGUGCUGAGCAUGGCUUGCUCGGCAGCGAAUAUGGAACGUCGAACAGGUCGUACGUGGCGGUCAAAUACAAUUUGGUCCUCAUAUUACGUCACGACACCGUGUGGCAGGUGCCCAUCGACCAAUGGCCCGAUGCAGAUUUCAGAAAGGUCCUGUUCCCGUACCAGUGCCCCAAAAAAGGCGUGCAUGAUUUGUUCGCCAUCAUGCCUGGGUCAUACCUCCAGUUCUAUUAUGACAUUCUCAAAUGGAAAUGGUGCUUCGGUCAGGACGACGGCCACGAUUGCAUGAAAGGCAUGGUGGAGCGGACCAAUCAAAGCACCGUGGGUGUUGCUUUGCGAGCACCAUGGGCUGGCGGGAAUAAAACCCUCAAUGUCUUCAGCAUGUGGUUCACUUAUGGCAAGAAGAGACAAUUCUGUUGAGCGCAGCUUCUUAAUCAUUCCCCUGCGCAGGAGAUGUCUUAUUCGGCAGCAGGUAUUCUAAGCUCAGUUUUUUGGAUUACGAUGCCAUGUUGUUCCCGCGCUGCGUGAUCCAAUAGUCGAAUAUGCAUUAGCGUACGCAUCAACAGCAUCUUGUUCCUUCGCUACUUGUUUCUCUCCUUCGCUCCUCCUCCUUCCUUCUCGCUUCCAUCACUCGACCAGGCACCCCACAUGAACAACAUGCGGGACCCUGCUUCCUGAGUGUAUCAUCUUGUCUACCUAGUGGGAAAGAUUGGAGCAUGCGCUGCGCUGCUAGGUAUGAUGAGGCUUGUGUGCAGUGGCGAGUCUCUCUUGGCGGCCCCAGGAGUUUCCCGGCCGCCGGCGCGGGUGCUCGGAAGAGGUGGAGGAGCUGCUGGGGGAUGGUGGGGGUGGUGGAGGAGGUCCUUACUAUACAGGUUGGGAGGCUGGCACAUGGCGCAUCCUGCCCGCUCUCAUGACGAGGUGCUCCUGAGUUUGCAUUGUUCGCGAUGGC